AUGGGGAGCACUACUCAUGUAGAAGAGGGAAAGAAAGAAUUGGCAAAAGAGGUGCAUAGGCUUGCAUGUUUGAGAGUUCAACUUAUUGAUUCUAGUGAUGGUGGUACUAUUAUUUUGAAUAGGGUUGAAUCAUCUUUAGUUGUAGAGACAGAUGGCCAGGAAGAGCGUAUGAUACAAACAUUGGAUGAUAUUUUAAGAGCCUGCAUUAUUGACUUCAAAGGUAAUUGGGAUAACCAUUUACCUCUUAUCGAUUCUGCAUACAAUAAUUGCUUCCAUUUGAGCAUUCAAAUGGCUCCCUAUAAUGCUCUAUAUGGGAGAAGGUGUAGAUCACCAAUUGGUUGGUUUGAGGUUGGUGAAGCUUACUUGAUUGGGCCAGACUUGGUUCACCAAGACAUAAUGAGAGAUUUGGAAUUUAAAGUUCAUGAUUGGCUAUACUUGAAAGUUUCACCCAUGAACGGUGUGAUGAGAUUUGCAAAGAAAGGGAAUCUUAUUCCACUUUAUAUUGGUCCUUAUCAGAUUAUGAAGCAGGUUCGUAAAUUGAGAACCAAGGAGGUAGCAUCCAUCAAAGUUCUAUGUCAAAAUCAGUUUGUUGAAGAGGCUACAUGGGAAGCUGAAGAGGAUAAGAAAGCUAUAUACUCUUAUCUAUUCAUGCCUCCUAAUGAUGAUGUUGAUUGGAAUGUUCCCUUCAGAUUUUUGAUUGGAAGUUCAUUCUGA